GUAGUCACGUGGUUUUAAACAUGGCUGCGCACCGCUGAAAGUCAUGCGAUAGCUCUUGGAUAUAAUUUCUUAUCUUCAUCUUUCAUAGUUGUUAUUUAUUUCCAGGUAUAUAAACGUUUGUCUUGAUAUAUACUGCCAACAAUAUUGUCAUGGACCCCGCCGGACAGCUACGAAAUUUGCGGGACUUCCUCCUCGUUUACAAUCGCAUGACGGAAAUCUGCUUCCAGCGAUGCACAAGCAAUUUCAAUUACAGAAAUCUGACGAUGGAUGAGGAGCGAUGUGCUGACAGUUGUGCUGGCAAAUUAAUAAGGACCAAUCAUCGUUUGAUGGGCACAUAUGUGCAGCUGAUGCCUGCGAUGGUGCAAAAGCGAAUGCAGGAGAUGGAGAGCAAAGCUGCAGAAAUGGCAAAAGCUGAAGCUGAAGCUGCAGCACAAGGAGGUGCUUUAUCAUUAGAAAAUCCAUCUACUGCCAUCACAGCAACAACGCCAAUGCUUGAGAGCCCAGAGAUACCUUCAGUGUCUAAUAAUCCAUCAGAUAUAAAGACAAAUGUCUUAGCUUUUGGACAAACACAAUCAUUGACAGAUGUGCCCACAGUACAAAACGAUUCACAAACCUUUAUAAAUGAGUCUUUAGAAGGACUAGUAGCACCAUCACCAGAGAUCUCAACAUCUUCUAGUGUACCUAAAAAAGAUGGAGGUCCUGUCUUGAGUGCAGUAGAAAAAUACAAUCUGAAUACCAGCAGUGUAGCAACCACAUCAUUUCCUGAAACAUGGUCUGAAGGGGGAGCAGGAACGAGCCCCCAAAAUCCAUCUUGAUCUGUGUCUUUUAAUAAACGUGCAUCAUGGAAAGAUCAUUUUUUUCAAUUUGACUUCUUUAUUCAUGAUUAAAUCUGUAUGUGGUA